AUGCAACGUGUUGCCCUUUCAGUAGCCCGUCUCGAAGGCGUUGUGGCUUGUGCACGCCAUCGGGCUCUUCUUGUCAUGCGUCCUUGGUUGAAAAGGCACUUCAGUAGCUUCACGAAAAGGUCGUUUAACAGCUCCGUUGAGGCACCUCACGUGUCUUCCUCGGGGCGUGCGCGAAACAAGUCAGGCAAUCAGAACCUGGAGCGAGGGCAUAAUUCUUUAGAAAAGAAAACUGUAGAGGCACUUCACGCCCUCGAGCAUCAGGAUGAAGACGUCCAUGGUGCCAUCAACUUGAAGAAUGGAAAGCAGAACCCACGUUUAUUUCAGACCGUAUUAAAAAAAGAUACCUCCCCCGAUAAUAGACUAUCGGAGAUGUUUGGGAGCUCGAUCCUGCCUGUGACGGCGAGUGCAUUAGAAACGGAGAGGACGCACAACACGGAGAAAGACGUGACCGAUACUCCCUUGAAGGAAAAUCCGAAAGGAACUUCGACAACACUCACGAAGCGAAAACGCACCCCUAAGGGUAACGAGUCCGUUCCCUUGGACACCAAUUCGGACGAUCGGACUGAAAAAGCACAGAUGGAAAUCCUUCAAACCCUUGAACGUAUCGUUAUUGAAGACCCAAACUGUUUAACCUACCCUUUGCACACGUUUGACCAUAUUCCAGAUACUUUCGUGAAUUCCUUUCGUGCGUAUCGCCAGCUACUGGUCUGUCGAACCGUUCACGAGACGAGCCUAAUGAAAAAGUUAACGUGUGAUUUGAACGAUAUCAUGAACACCGAGGUCCUGGGGAAGGUGUUUUAUUUCCGUGUGGAGCUAGAACCCCGAUCAAGUGACCCCUCCGACGGCACCCUUGAUGAUGUCCGUAAGGCAUUGCGGGAUAAGGUCCUUGGCAAAAUUAAGCAUCUACUGAUGGAUUACACCAUUAGAGUGCUGGAGCUACACGAGGGGGAAGUCACGUGUGAUGUCACCCAUUACACCAACUGCGCUCCACUUAUCGCCGCCUGUAAGGCUAACGUCGCGCAGUUCGUUCGGGAUGCGCAUUGUUUGAUGACGUCCAGCCCAUUGGAUCGGGAAGGGAUCGCCGGGGAAACCCCAGCCGAGGUGUUGCUGCCACUUUCGAUCGAAGAGGUCGCCAAGGAUGUGGCUGCGCGGAUUAGCCGGGAGAUUAUUCAACCCCUGCUCUCCUGCCCGGAGGGCGGCGACGCCGAUGAGGCGCGUUUAGACGAUGCACGCGCGGUUCGCGUGUUUUUCGGCAUUGCCCCCACCCCCGCGUUGGCGAAGAUCGCCUGCGAUGCGGAGGUGGCGACGUGGAGACGGCAGCAUUCGAACCACGGGGAGUCCGCGCCGGCGGCGCGGAAAUCCAAAACCCCGGCAUCCAGCAACACCUCGACGAGCAAAGUCGCCGUUCGCGUUCGCUCCUUCUACUCCCACCUUCAAACGGUUGAGGAUGGGAAGAAGUUUAUGGCGAAUUUUCGCGUGGCGCACAUUCCAAUCUUCACCCCGGCCUUCGCAAAGUUUUUAUACGACGUCUUUGGAAUUGAAACGUGCUCGGAUAUCUAUGACCGACGCGAGGAGCUCCACUUCAGUCUGUCAAAGGAAACUUUCAAGGCUUGUUACUGCUCGGUGUUCGGCCGCAUGCGGUACCCUGUGGAGGAUCGGGUGAUGCUGUUUGGUCUGAAAAAUUUGGUAAACUUUAAUUACAUGGUAAAGGACAUGGCUACCAAUAACAUUAGUAUUGUCAACGCCACGCGAACCGGCACGCGGCAUGUCCUCCUAAAUACCAUCGUUUCCCAUAGUCCUCGAACCGAUGAGCCGCUUCAGCUUAAAUCGUAUCUUCUGAGAACAGUAGAUUCCAAGUUGGUGUAUGGCAGGCUUUUCACGGAAGAACAGUUUGUCGAGGCCGUGCUACGCGGCGUCACGAAAGGGCAUGAACUACUCAUACGAAAAACCCUCACAGCUAGUGGGCUACGCGUCGUCGUGCGCUCUGGCAAUGAGAUCAAACGAAGCAUAUCAUGUCAAUUCAGCGCAACAGAUGACUUGGAAACGUUAAAAGAAGUAGCUCGCGCUGUUGCGUUGGAAUUAGCACCGUACCGUCAGCAUAAGUGCUUAGAAAACUCUGAUGAUCCCAGUGACGUCCAUGUGUACUUUCACUCCCUGAAUUUUAAACAGAUGAUUCCAGAUCGGCUCCAAAUGGAGUUCGACACUAUCAAGCAAGAUUUUUUAUCUACCGUGGAGAGCUUGAGGAAAUUCGGAUACUGGCGGCUUAAGAAUAAAAGCAAGCCGCAAAAAAAAAAGCAAACGCAGCGCAUGAUAGAAUUUGGAUUAAAUACUAAGAAAGAAAUAGACGGGCAGGCCAUUGAACCGAAUGUGUCGGAAGAGAUUGAAAGGAUUGUAGAAGUAUAA